AUGACAAGGGAAAAUUAUACCGAGUUAAGGCAAAUCGCGGAUGGCGCGACAAAGCACAUACACGCGUUGCAAGCUCUAAAGCGACCCACCGCGUAUUGGGACGAUAUUUUAAUACACGUGCUAUGCUCGAAAUUCGAUCCCCUCACACUACGCGAGUGGCAAUCUUCGCUUACGGGUAACGAAUUACCAACAUCCAAACAAUUCUUCGAUUUUAUCACACGACAGUGUCAGAUGCUCGAAGUCACAAACAAAUCUAGCAACGUCGCGAACGUCAAGGACGGCACUGCCAAGGCACACGCCAAGCGUCAAACAGCAUGCGCAGCUACCGUCAAGUUAAAAUGCAACUACUGUCGAGGGGAGCAUUCCAUUUAUUACUGUAAGAAUUUUCUGGCACUUCAGGUUCCUCAAAGGAUCGCGGAAAUUUGUUCUCGCAAAAUUUGCCUCAAUUGUCUGCGUUCCAACACGCACAUCGCUAGCAAAUGCACUUCAGGAGGUUGCAAGGUCUGCCAAGCCAAGCAUAACACGCUUCUUCAUAUGACGACCGCCUCGCAGCAAGCGCCUAAUUCCUCUAGCUCUUCAGGAAAGGGCAGCGACAACUCCAACUCCGCAGAAUCCUCUGCCGUAGUAGCGACACACGUCGCAGGGGAAAGUGUUAACGUCAUAUUGUCAAUGGCCAUGGUGCACGCGCGCGAUUAUCAGGGCGUGCUUCGACCUUGUCGCAUUCUGUUGGAUUGUGGUUCUCAGGCGAAUUUCAUAUCAAGGAAAUUCAUGACGAGGCUUGGCCUCACUCCCAAAUCACUAAGCGUAGCCAUAUCCGGCGUGAACGGAACGGUUACGACGGCCACGCAAGCAGUAAAAAUCGAAUUGCAAUCGCGAAUAGAUUCAUACAGACAGAUACAAUCAUCGGACAGGCAUCCUAAAUUACAAAAAACGAGGUUUGGAUGGAUCCUAGCAGGACGAAUGUUUGAUUCAAAAUCAAUUCACGCAAAGGUACAUUCUCUACACGCAUCUAUAACUAACGAGCAGUUACAUGAUCAAUUAAGUCGGUUCUGGCAAUUAGACGACGCGAAAAAUGACUCCAAUAAUUUGACUCCUGAGGAAAGUUAUUGUGAGCAGCAUUUUAUCAGCAAUAUUCAUCAAAAUCCACAAGGCAGAUACGUGGUCAAACUUCCUAUUAGAGAUCAAUUAAUCGACAAGUUAGGAGACUCUCGAAGCAUUGCCAUGUCUCGUUUGAAGGGCAUCGAAAAACGUUUUAAACGACAGCCCGAUCUAGAAGAGCAAUACAAACAAUUUAUCAAUGAGUACAUAUCGUUAGGGCACAUGCAAAAAAUAGAAUUGCAGCCCGAUGAGAGUUCCCCAUGUUUUUAUUUACCGCAUCAUUGCGUAUUCAAAUCUAACAAUCAAACGUCAAAGAUCCGCGUAGUAUUUGACGCUUCAUGCAAAUCUACCGAGGGCUUAUCUUUAAAUGAUGCACUUAUGAUAGGGCCAGUAGUGCAGCAAGAGCUAACAUCCAUACUGAUCCGAUUUUGUUUCUUCAUUUAUGUUUUUAGCGCCGACGUAAUAAAAAUGUAUAGACAAGUAUUGGUGGAUCCUUCUCAAACACGUCUGCAAAGGAUACUAUGGCGGGACGACCCUGCUAACAACGUCGACACAUACGAACUAUUGACAGUUACGUAUGGAACAUCAUCAGCUUCAUACUUGGCCAGCAGGUGCCUUACUUAUCAUGCCGAUCAAUACGCAGCUAAGUACCCGGUAGGCUCUAGAGAGGUGAAACGCAGUUUUUACGUAGAUGACUUUUUGUCAGGAGCAGAUACUCUGCACGAGGCUAAGGUACUCCGAGAUGAACUAAUAGAAUUGCUGAGAAUAGGAUCUUUCGAACUCAUUUCCAGGUUGUUUGAUCCUCUGGGUCUCCUCGGACCCGUCAUUGUAAUUGCCAAACUCAUUCUUCAAGACCUGUGGAAGGCCGGCAUCCAUUGGGAUGAAUCUGUGCCGCAGGAAUUACAUACAAGCUGGCUAAAAUUCAAGUCUCAAUUACAUGCUGUAAAUCAGCUACAAAUCCCUAGGGGUGUCAAAUACAACCCAGACUCACAGCUCGUGCAAUUACACGGGUUUUGUGAUGCAAGUCAAAAUGCAUAUGGCGCAUGUAUAUAUGUACGCACAACCAUCGAAUCUAGUGAAUAUCGUUCACAGUUGCUGUGUUCAAAAUCCCGUGUGGCACCACUCAAGGCCGUGUCACUGCCAAGACUUGAACUAUCGGCAGCGGUUCUGUUAGCUCAACUCAUAACUAAGGUGAAAGACUCAUUGGGCUCGCCCAUGCAAGCAUUUCUUUGGUCGGACUCCACCAUAGCAUUGAAUUGGAUAGCUUCAUCCUCGCGCAACUGGUCAGUAUUCGUGGCAAAUAGAGUCGGAGAAAUUCAAAGGUUGACUCAGAUCAGUCAGUGGCGUCACGUCUCCUCUUCCGACAAUCCUGCAGACAUACUAUCCAGAGGCAUAUAUCCGUAUGAUUUAAUCGCAUCAUCCAUGUGGUGGCACGGGCCCAGCUUUCUACAGUUGCAUGAAAAUCAGUGGCCAUCGGGAAGUUUUACAUAUCCGAGGGAGGAUAUGCCCGAACAAAGAAGAAUAGCCGCGAUUGUCGUCAAGCAUGACCAAUGCAUGGUCAUCCAGCUAUUAACCAAGCAUUCAAGUCUAAACAAAAUCCUUCGGAUCAUUGCGUAUUGCAUGAGAUUUUCUAAGAAACGGAAUCUCGCGCCAAAUAGAACAAUAUCUUCGUCUGAACUUUUACUUGCAACGGAAAUCGUGUGCAGGGCGGUACAAAAACAAGUCUUCUCUAAAGAAUACGAAGCAUUAAAAUUAGGAACAACCAUUAAUGCAGGCAGCCGUCUAUUGCCGUUAACUCCUUUCAUGGAUAAAGAUGGCCUAAUCCGGGUGGGCGGUAGGCUUAAAACUCAAACCUAG